AAAAGAGAGAGGAUGAUGAGAGACAAGCAUGUUCCGGUCACUGCGAAAGUGCUUUUUUUGAGAGAGAAAGAAAGAGAAUAUUUAUGGAGAGAAAAAGGGGAAGACAUGCACAGGCUGAGUGUCUGAGACCCACAUUUCAUACAAUCAUCAAAAGCAUAAGAUGGACACAAACCAAUGAGCCCAUAACUACUUUAGUUUUCUCUUUCUUCAUUAGAGUGGGAGUGUGAGUGUGUUUUGUCACUUUUGUGGGGUGGUUUUUUUCAUUUCCGUUUUUAUUACACUUAAAAGAGACAUUACACUCAUUAUUCCACCCUCUGUUCAUGGUUUCCUUGAUGCUUGACAGCAGAGCUAUCUUUCAAUCAUUUUAGGCACUUGUGGCCUUCAAAAAUAAGAGAUAAGAGAUGGGUUUUCUAGGAAGUCUCUAAAUUUCCGAAUUUUGGUGUGUUUCUAGUGUUUUGGGGUUCCAAAGCUACUAACUUUCAAGCUUGUUUAUGGUUCCUUAUUGUGUAUUUGUUAUGAAUUUUUGUCCACUACCCGAUCUAGUUUAGAUUUUGAGUAGAUAGGAGAACCUAUAAUUUUUUUUCUUUGGCUUUUUGUGCUUUUGUGUAGUACCGAUUUCUGCAUGCACAAGUUUUUUCACUGUAUUCGAACUCUUUGGAACUGUGUUCUUAUCUUUUUACUAGCUUUAGAUUAAGAUUUUUCUGUGUUUAGUUUUCUUGAAGUUGUAAUUUGGAGUAUAUUGAAUUUUAAGUGGUUCAUUUUCCAAGAAAAACUUAUCAGUUGCUUCUAACUUUUUGUUUUGUAGUGCUGUUUUGCUCUCUAGAAAAUAAAAUUUUGACCUGGGGAUUCCCAGGAUUGACUUGAAUUACAGCUUUUCAGUUUCAAUAUUUUUUUUCCUGGAGUCCUUUUGAAGGAAAACCAGCUGGUUGCUGGAAUCUUAUUAUCCUUGUAAAACUAAUCAUAUAUUGAUUUGAGUAAAUGCUGUAAGCUGUUCUGAGACAUGGCUGAAAUUAGACUUACAAAGGUAGAACAAGGCCAAACCAAGAUUAGAAAUGUCCCAAUUGCCGUAACUCCAGAGGGUUUUUGGUGUUGUCCCUCUCCUGUUGUCUUUCAAAAGACCAUUAAAGCUCAAAAUCCUUUAAACAAAACCAAACCCUCUUCACCACCACCUAAGACCACCGUCCAAAAGAAACGAACCCCAUUUAAUGAGAGAAAGGCACCACCAACUCCAUUAAGAUCAUCAGUUGUUUCUGAUGAUCAACGAAAUUGUGGCUCUGAUACACCUGGUGUUAGUGCUUCUAUUGUUAACGAGAGAACUCCCAGGCCCAAGAUAGAAAGCUUGCCAAGGAAGGUGGCAAUUGAAUUUGGGGAACCUGGAACCAGUGAUAUGAAGGUAGUUUUACUUGGAAAGCAGGGUUUUUGUGUGAAGUUGAGUGUCCACAAGAAUGUUCUAGUGGAGAAUAGCAGCUUUUUUGCUGAUAAGCUUUCUGAAGAGGAGUCUAAUCUGUCCUGUCUUGAGAUCGAUGAUUGUGAGGAUGUUGAGAUAUAUGUUGAAACUGUGGGACUGAUGUAUUGCAAGGAGAUGAAGCAGAGGUUGAUCAAGCAAAGUGUCUCACGCGUGCUUCGAAUUCUCAAGGUUGCUGAACUUCUUAUCUUCAACACAUGCAUCCAGUCAUGCUUGGAAUAUUUGGAAGCAGUUCCAUGGAUUGGGGAUGAAGAAGAAGAGAAAGUGGUCUCCUCGGUUAUACGACUCCAGAAUGAAGGUAUUGGGGUCACACCAGUUUUGAAACGAGUCUCUUCUAAUGUUGCUAACCCACCUAAAGAUACAAUUUCUCACAUAAUGGAGCUAGUUCUCAAAAGCAAUGAGGAGAAAGGCCGACGUGAAAUGAAAUCCGUAGUCCUGAAGCUCCUUCGGGAGAAUAACAGCCUUCCAAGUUACACAGAUUCCUCUGACAUCUGCAACGAUGCUAUUUAUAGCUCCUGCAGAAGUUGCUUGAAUUCACUUCUAUCUUUGUUUAAGCAAGCUGCUGAACCUGAAUUUUCUGAUAAGCCUCUAGACAAUAAGGAACCUGUGGUAAAGCAAAUAGCUCUUGAAGCUGACAAUCUCUCAUGGUUGCUUGAGAUUUUAGCUGACCGACAAGCAGCAGAUGAGUUUGCUCUAAUGUGGUCUAGCCAGCAAGAGUUGGCAGCCCUGCAUUCAAAGCUACCUAUAGUGUCUCGUUACCAUGUUAGCUGCAUCACAUCCAGGUUAUUUGUUGGAAUUGGAAGAGGGGAGCUGCUACCUUCAAAAGACACUCGUCACUUGUUGUUACAAACCUGGUUGCAGCCAUUAAUCAAUGACUACAGUUGGUUACAACAUGGGUGCAGGUCAUUUGAUAGAAAGGUAGUGGAGGAAGGUAUCGGGAGGACAAUUCUCACACUACCCCUGGAGAACCAACGGAGCAUUUUGCUUGCUUGGUUGGGCACUUUCUUAAAGGCUGGUGAUAAUUGCCCAAAUCUUCAGAGAGCCUUUGAGGUCUGGUGGCGAAGGACUUUCAUUAGACCAUACACGGAAACACAAGGUAGUCCACAACAGCCAGAUAGCUCAAUGACAUCAACGCAGGAGACUUAAAAGAGUGCAAAUAUGAGUGAGAGCAGCAACUUUAAAUGAUAUGUUGUUAUAUAGAGUACUUUGUGUCAACUCAAAAUAUAAAAGAAAAGCUAACACCGAGAAUCCUUCUGGGGAGGCAAACAAUGGUGUGAUAUGUGUUGACUGCUACUAGUGUUUUUGAUGAGAGUGCUAUAGGUGUGUAAAACUCCAUUUCAAUUGAUGAAUGUAGAUUGGCUUCUUGAGGUGAAAA